AUGGCCCCUUCCCAGUACACGCGCAUUGUUCUCCAGCAAAGGCCUACAGGGGAUGUCGAUGCCAACACUUUCCGUCGCGAGACAGUCGCGUUCGACUUGAAGCCGGGCCCGAAGCAGGUCCUGGUCAAGGUCAACUGGCUUGCGUUCGAUGCUGCUAUGCGGAGCUGGCUUCGGGAUGCGCGCAGCUAUAUCAAGCCUGUCGGUCUUGGAGAAGUCAUGCGCGCAGAUGGCCUGGUCACUGUUGUACAGUCUGGCGAAGGCUCGAGGUACAAGCCCGGUGAUCUUCUCUCAUGUGCACCAGGCUGGACUGAGUACGCUGUCCUCGACGACAAGUUCUGCACCCCCGCGAAGGUCCCCUCGGGCGCUGACUUCCUCGACUACCUCGGACCCUUGGGUAUGACCGGUAUGACCGCCUACUUCGGUCUACUCGAAGUCGGCAAGAUCAAGGCGGGCGAGACCCUCGUCGUCACUGGGGCGGCUGGUGCCACAGGGUCCCUCGUCUGCCAAAUCGGCAAGAUCAAGGGCGCGAAGGUCGUCGCCAUUGCCGGCACGGAAGACAAGUGCAACUGGCUGAAGCAAGACCUCGGCGUCGACCUCGCGCUCAACUACAAGAGCAAGACCUUCUUCCAGGACUUCAAGAAGCAGGUCGGCUAUCUGGACUGCAUGUUCGACAAUGUUGGCGGUGACAUGCUCAAUUUCAUGCUCACGCGGUUGAACAAGGACGCGCGGAUCGUUCUUUGUGGUGCGAUCUCCGACUACAACAGCGAGGCGCCGAAAGGCUUGUCGUCUUAUAUGAACUUGAUCUCUCAGCGCGCGAAGAUACAGGGGUUCAUUGUCUUCGACUACGCACGACACUACGCGGAGGCGCGACAACAGAUGGCGGAGUGGCUGAAAGACGGCAAACUCAAACGGCGCUUCCAGAUUGUCGACGGGCUCGAGAACGCGCCCGAGACGAUGCCACUGCUAUACCGUGGCGGAAAUACCGGAAAGCUGGUUCUCCGGGUCUCCGAGGCUGGUCUUGGGUCUGCAAAGCUCUAA